GAUGAAUUCUUUAUUUCUUUUCAAAUUAUACUAAACCUGAAUAAACUUAGGUUUAGACAUUUAGCCUGUUUGGUAGGACACUGUUUUACAAGAGGAAACAAACAGAUUCGGACCCGUUUUAUUUUACAGUUCUAUGGCAUAAUGCGCCAAAAAAUCGUUUACUAGCAAGACUUCAAUCCAACAUCAUCUCCGGAGUCAGUUUUAGACGAGCCACCUCACAUGUCACGUGGGCAGUUUGGAACUCCUCUGCCCACCGGAGCCGAUCCUGCAGGAGAAGACGUUGGAAGCUUGAUUGACGUUCUGUGCAUCCAAUCACAGCUCGGCGACGUCGACUCGUCGGCCAAUUGGCUGCCUAGAGGAGGUAAAGGGUUUUCAUGGAUGGAGUCCGCCUGCAUCGACUAGAGUGAAGUUAAAACAAGGACACAGCGAAAAGUGAACGUGUUAAGAUGUGUUUAAAGUUGUUUUGAAGUCAGACGUGCAUGACAUUUAACACUUGCACGGUGUUACAGCGAAGGAUACAGCAAUUAUUCAGGGGACAAGUCAUAACAUGGAAUGUGUGGCGGUGUAGCUGAUCCCCUUCAUGCUGCUGUCUGAAGAGCUUGCGUAGGAGAAGAGCAACAAGCAUGGACGUGGAAGACUUUCCUCCCCCACCUCCUGAAUUGUUAGUAGACAACGUCUCCUUUGCAGAUGAAGUUGAGGGAGAAGCCUUUGACUUUGAAGAUAGUGGUGAUGACAUCCCUGAGGCUGACCGCCCACCUGCUGCACCUCCAGCUCCUCUAGCCCCCAGUAGCAAGGAUCAGAGCCAGGACAAGAUGGUGGCAAGUCACUCCAAGGGCCCUCUUCCCUGCCCGGACCCCCCAGCACUUUCCACCAUAUCCGACACAGCUCCAUCAUCAGCAGACACAGCAGUUGCCACAAGCAGAUCCUCCACAGCAGGUGGAGCAACAACAGAAGGAGAGGGGACAUCUGCUGCUGAGGGGACUGAUGACAGGGAGACAGAUUUACCACCACCUCCACCUCCUCGUCUUGAAGAUGACGAAACAGUGACAGAUCCUGGAGAAACAGGCAGGAAAAGCAAGGAUGCAUCCGUCAAUGACCCUCACCCUCCACAGGCUGUCCUCAAGACCUCCUCCCAGGGCAAAGUCAACCCCUACUCUGUGAUUGACAUCACUCCUCUACAACUGCAGCAGCUUGAGCAGCAGCAUGGACCCUCCUCUUCCGCUUCCUCACCAAUGGAGCCCAAAGAACGAGAAGGAGAAGCACAGGAUAUCCACAGUGGCCCUGUUGGCAUCACUUCAGGAUACUCAGUCCCAGUGCCCUGUGGCUAUGCAACCCCCUCUGGCGUACCGCUCAUCAUGCCAACUUACACCACACCCGUCAUCAUUCGACACCUCUCCAUGGAUGAGGAUGUCACUGUGGUUGGGACUGGCAACACCUCUGGUGACAGUGUUUUCAGUGAAGAGUAUCCACCUAUUAGAGAAGAGGAUGCUUUGGCUAAAUGGGCGUCAGAUCCUGCCAACACUGCAUGGAUGGAAAAUCCAGAUGAGGUGAUUUACGAUGAUGUGCCCAGAGAGAACUCUGACUCCAACACAGAUCCAGAUGAGAUGAUCUAUGAUGAUGUGGAGCUUGGCGAGGAGGGUGGCUGCAACAGCUCCCUCGACAACGGCUGGAGCUCUAGCGAGUUUGAGAGCUACGACGAGGCCAGUGACGGGGAAGGCCGCCCUGAGAACGGCCUGCCCCACGCCUUCAUGAGAGGAAAGCCACCGCAGAGGAAAACCCAUCUCUCUCAAGAUCUGACACGCUUGAAAGAACACUAUGAGAAAAAGAUGAAAGAUCUAAUGGCAAAUACAGUGGGAACGGUAGAGCUGCAGCAGCUAAAACAGAAACACGAGCAGAAGAUGCAAAAGCUGGUGAAGGCAGCUAAGGAAGGGACCAAAGAUGGGCUUGAGAAAACCAAAGCUGCAGUGAAGAAGGGGCGCUCUUUCAUCAAAACCAAGUCUUUCUGUCAUGAGAGGAAGUCGGCCUGUUUUGAAGAUGAGGAGUCUGAACUCUUCAUUGAAGUCGACUGUUUCAAUGUUGAGCCAGUACUGUGUCCAGCACCAGAGGGUCUUUCACAGCAACAGCUGGUGAGAAGAUGUAUAUUGGGAUCUAUAUUGGAGAGUGAAAAGAACUAUCUUGAUGCACUGAAGAGGAUAUUAGAGCAAUAUGAAAAGCCCCUGUCCCAGCUUGAGCCGAGGCUGCUGAGCGACAGGAAACUGAAGAUGACCUUCUAUCGAGUGCGUGAGAUCCUGCAGUGCCACUUCCUGUUCCAGAUCGCCCUGGCAAGCCGUGUUGCUGAAUGGGACAGCUUGGAGAUGAUUGGGGAUGUCUUUGUGGCGUCGUUCUCAAAGUCCAUGGUGCUGGAUGCCUACAGUGAGUAUGUGAACAACUUCAGCACUGCAAUGGCAGUGGUAAGGAGGUCGUGCGCCUCCAAACCUGGCUUCCUGGAAUUCCUCAAGCAUCGUCAGGAGACCAGCAGUGACCGAAUGACCUUGUAUGGCCUGAUGAUGAAACCUAUUCAGAGAUUCCCACAGUUCAUUCUGCUCCUUCAGGACAUGCUGAAGAACACACCUGUGGGUCAUGGCGACCGUCUGCCCCUGCAAAUGGCCCUGACCGAACUGGAGACACUGGCAGAGAAGCUCAAUGAAAAGAAGAGGGAAGCUGACCAACGCUGCGAGAUCCGUCACAUUGCAAAGGCAAUGAACGAACGCUACCUCAACAAGCUUCUGAGUAAUGGCAGCCGCUACCUGAUCCGCUCAGAUGACAUGGUGGAGACGGUCUACAAUGAGCGUGGUGAAAUCAUCAAAACCAAGGAGCGACGCCUCUUCCUGCUCAAUGAUGUUCUCAUGUGUGCCACGCCCAACAUCCGAUGUCAGGAUGGUAGUGGGGGUGGCAGUGGCAAUGCCCCAAUCGACCAGAAGUUCCUUCUGAAAUGGAGUGUGCCGUUGAGCUUCGUGGAAGUGUUAGAGUUUGGAUCCAGCGAGGACAUGGCCGACAACAGCCACUAUCCAACACCCCAUUCUGGGGAGAAGGUGGUCAUCAACGCUAAGCCAAACAAGCUGUAUAUGGGUCCUGGUCAGCUGUACCAAGACCUGCAGAACCUAAUCCAUGACCUGAGCCUGGUGAACCAGAUCUCCAGUAUGAUCAGCAGCCUCAAAGGAAACUACCAGAAUGUAAACCCCACAGUGGCCCAUGAUUGGGUAUCAGGUCUCCAGAGGCUGAUACUGAAGAAGGAGGAGGAAAUCAGGGCAGCUGACCGGUGCAGGAUCCAACUCCAGUUGCCUGGCAAACAAGACAAGUCGGGUAAAACCUCUUACUUCAGUGCAGUGUUCAAUACUCUCAGCCCGGCCAUCAAACAGUCAUGGAUCAGUAACUUGCAGAUGGCUAAGCUGGCUCUAGAGGAAGACAACUUGCAGGGCUGGUUCUUUGCAGAGGAUGAUGGGAAUCAGAUCAAAAAGCAGAAACAUCCUCUCCUGCUUCGACAGAUGCCAGUGGUCAUGUCAAAACUACAGGAGUUCAAGGUGGAAUGUGCUGUUCAUAAUCCAGAGCCCCACAUCAACACAGAGAGCACAGCAGACACUCCCGUUGUGGGCCAUGGCUGUGUCUGGGUUGCAAGUUGCACCAACCAGAUGGGCCAGAUAUCGAUAGUGGCCAUGCAGAACUCCAGCCCUAAGGUGACUGAGUGUUUCAAUGUAGAGUCUCGGAUCCUCUGCAUGGCCUACGUCCCCACAGAGCAGCCUCAGGAGAAUGCCGAGAAGGUCCCCGAAGACAACCACGUCCCCACAGCGAAGGCCAGUGAUACCCCCAGUGUCUGUCUGGGCAUGGAGGAGGGCAGCAUCAUUGUGUAUAAGAGCAGCCAGCGGUCCAAGAAAGUACGUCUGCAGCAUUUCUUCACCCCAGACAAGUCGACCGUCACCAGCCUGGUCUAUAAGAAACACUGUCUGUACGCCGGCCUGGUCAGCGGCUCAGUGGCUGUCUACUCCAGAUCACAAGAUGGUUCUUGGAGCUGUGAAAAGCCCAAGGUGCUGAAGCUGGGAGUCCUGCCAGUCAAGGCCAUGCUGGCUGUGGAGGAGCACCUCUGGGCAUCAUCAGGUGGACAGGUCUUCAUCAUCAGCUCCCACACACACUGUGUAGAGAGGCAGCUGGAGGCCCACCAGGAAGAGGGGAUGGUGGUGUCCCACAUGGUGGUGGCUGGAGUGGGCAUCUGGAUCGCCUUCAGCUCAGGUUCCACUCUGCGCCUUUUCCACACGGAGACUCUGGAACACCUGCAGGACAUUAACAUUGCCACACCUGUCUACAAUACACUACCUGGGAACCAGAGAGUGUCUGUGAGCAGUCUGCUGGUCUGUCAUGGUCUGCUGCUGGUAGGGACCAACCAGGGGGUGACUGUGGCCCUCUCUGUUCCCAGACUGCAAGGGAUCCCCAAGGUCAUAGGUCGGGGUAUGGUGUCCUUACAUGCUCACAACGGACCAGUCAAGUUCCUCACCAUGGCUGCUGCAGUGUGUAACCGGCCCUCUGGCUUGCCAUCCUCCACCCCUCCCUCCUCAGUUCAGCCAACAGAGACAGACGAUGGCGUGAACACCCAGCCCCCCGCAGAAUCAAUGACUUCCCCUCAGGGACGAGGUGUGUGGCUGGGAGAGGCUGGCUGUACCACCAUGGCUCUCCAGGACUCCCUGUCCUCGUCCAGCGUCUCCCUAGCUCCAUCCCAGGGCUCCUUGGAGCACGGGCCCGAGGACGGGGCCCUUUACGACGUGCUCCAUGACCCGGCCCAUCGCCAGAGGGGCCGCCGGCCCAGCAAGGUGGAUGUCAGCUCUUUGCUGGUGGUGUCUGGGGGUUUGGGCCACCGCAGGGUCAACAAGAAGACCAAACAGUCUCGACAUGAGGACACCACCUCUACCAUCAUGAUCUGGCAGAUCCCCUUACUCAGCAUGUGACAGCAAAAGCCCCUUGGUUAAAACAGAACUCUACUCUCACAAGGAGGUCUGUUGUUACGCUUCACACAACAUUUGGGAUCAGUCAAAACCACUAAAUGCCUUAUUGAAACCAGAUGUACGUCAAGUAUCAUCCACAAUACUCGGGUGAUGUUUCUAAUGAUGUCUUCUACCAUACAAAAACAAAGGAUCCAUGUAACCACUCAAUCAUGACGCUUGACGACACAAACAGCACCCUACAACCAGUCAAAGGAUUUACUGUACUUGUUAGGGAUAUACAUGUUUCACUGAAUCACUGAAAGUUUUUUUUAAUUUCACCCUCUGACACAGCUGGUUGUUGUUGUGUAACAUGGCUAAUACAUUACUCUCCAGUGUUUGUACCAUACCGGUUGACUGUCUAGGACUGCAGUAUUUAAAUCAGUGUUGAAAGGAAUGCGACUUCACAAAUGACUUUGUCCUGCUUAAAGGCGCGUAAGGUAACGAUAGGGCUUUGAAUCUGUUACAUAAAGUUUUAUUAAGACUCGGAUCAUCUGUUAGAGGCCAGAGUUGUAAAUAAUAAGUAUGGCAACUCAGGAUUACAUGCGUAUGAGUUCAGAUUGUGUUUAUAUGGAGUCAAAUCAUUUCACUAUUGAACCAGCUUGUCUGGUGCUCCUACAGAGAAUAGGGAUUAAAAAGGUGAAAUACUGAUGACUGAAUUAUUUCGGGAAGGCUUAAGAGAAUCUCUGGCUGGCCAGGUUUCUAUUCAUAAAGGGAUGAAAGAGUUAUUAUAACCAGGAGAGAUGUCUGUUCCCCUAAUGCAUCUUUAUGUCUGACAUAAGGAUUAAAAAAAAAAAGAAGACAAAAAGCUUUAUAAUGUUGUCACAAUUUGUCUGUACUUCUGUUUUGUGUAUUAACAAAUUCAUAAAGCAUAUUAUUGAGCAACCCUAUGUGCUUCAUUUUCAAAGCAUGCUUGCAGUUCUGUGUUUUAGUGAGCAUUUUUCAUUGGAUUAUCCACAUAUUGUAACUUUAUUAUCCAUCAGUAGUUUGAUUAAAUUGAUUCUCUUCCUGGGAAGUGCAAAUCAA